AACGGUCGUCCAGCACCGGAAAAAUGGCGUCGCGACGACAGUGGGGGGUGCAUCCAGAGUCUAACCCCUAGGUCAAAAUCACGAUAAACGUCAGGUAAAAUUUAUCAAUUUUUUAUUACACAAUUUUAUCACAUUUUUCACAUGUUUUUUUUCAUUUUCUGUCAGCGUGCAAGCCCGCGUUUUGAAUCUCCCGCGGGGUGCGCGCGGGUUUUUUAAACAUCCGGCUAUGGCUCUCCUGUUGUUUUUAGUCUAUGGCCGUUCCUCCGCCCCGCGUCGGACCACAAUUCGAGGUUUUCAUUGGUCGAGGGACAACACGCCAGACACUUUGACGUCUUGCAUUUGUCGAUUGUCAGACAAUUACUAGAAAGGAGACGCAGAUAAUCAGGUGGCGAGGAAUUAUUGUUAUUAUGAGGGUGGGAGAGACACGUGUGGCGAGAGUUUGAUAAUUACCAGUUCUGGCAGAGGCUUGUCCCCGAUUUUUACCUCAUCAGUGGGAAUUCGAUGAGAAUUCGGUGGAAUGGGUAUCGGUCAAGGACGCACGAAUAAGAAAUUGAAGUAUAAAAUGCCUCGCCCACAAUUCAACGACAUGUGAAUAAUCUCGCUGUGGGCUCAUUGAGUCUAUAAUGGAAUUGGAUUUUGGAGGUGAUGACAGUUUGCACGGAAAAGAUUGGAUGGGAGGAAUAAUGGGCCAUGGGUGCGCCAGAGUAUCGCCAGGAAACUGAACAUUAUCGUCCGGUGAAGAAGAGCUUUCGUAGUCAUGUGGCUGAUCUACCGUGGCUAGCUGUACCUAAUCGGGAUUACGAGAGAAAGACGAGAUUAACGAGGAGAUAUAGGAUCAAAUCCGGAGUACCAACUCUAAUCCUCCUGGAAGGUACAAGUGGUUCGGUGGUGACUCGUGGGGGUGUGGAGAGGGCAUUGGCCGAUCCUAGUGGUUCCAACUUUCCGUGGAGAGCUUCACAUCCCAAGGCAGCCCUCGAGGAUGGACCACUAAUGCCCUGCGGUGCUCGAGACAGCAAUGAACCGAUGCUACAUGAAGAGCUUCGCCACUGCAUCAAGGGGGUUUAUUUCAGCGCCCACUGGUGCCCACCCUGCAAAGCCUUCACUCCCCAACUAGUGGACACUUACCAAAGAAUUCGAGAGAGGGGUCACAGCUUCGAAGUGAUUUUCGUCAGUUCCGACAGAAGUGAGGAAUCGUAUAAUGUACACAUCGAAUCGAUGCCAUGGCUUCGGAUUCCAUUCAGUCAAGAGGAAAGGCGAAAGAAGCUAGCGAUUGCUCUCGAUGUCCAGGCGAUACCCACUCUAGUGAUUCUCGAUCCCAGGGACAAUAUUAUCACCCUAGAGGGUCGUGCUGAGCUCCUAGAGGAUCCGGAGGGACUGAAUUUUCCCUGGACAAUCAGACUAGUCAAUAUCCUCACGGAGAAGUACGCGACGUCUCUCCACGAUGCCCCAGCUAUUAUUCUCUUCGUGGAGGGUGAAGAUUGCGAGGUGCAAUUUGGUGAGAGUGUACUACUACCAGCAGCUGAGGCAUACAGAAGGGACAGACCGGAUUACGAUCCGAAUUACGACGAUCCUGAUGGGAUGCUUCACUUCUUUAUUGCUCUCGACGGGGAAACGUCCGAUAUUCUUCGCGAAUUCGUCGGCCUCGACGACGCUGUGCCCCUGUUAACUGCCAUUGACAUACCCCGAGGGGUUUACGCAGUUAUGGAAGACGGUGCAGAAAUAACUGUUGACUCUGUGCAAUAUUUCAUCGAUGGAUUCAGAUCGGAAAAACUCCCGACCAACAAAAUUGCUGCGAGCCAAAAAUGUAAGAGUGAUAAAGCCUGAGGCUGGAUCACUGGAUCAAAUCCUUGUGUACAGAAUUUAUUUAAAUCCCCAGUGGAUUGCAAUCCUAUUAUUUACGAUUCCCAUUAGCUGGAUAAAUUGUACAUUCAAUAAUAUUGAUGAUAAAUUUA